AUGUGCAUUGCUCAGAAUCAGAUGAUUCUUCUAAAAUUCACAUACCACGUUCCUUUUUGGAUUCUUGGCGCAGUUUGCAUCAUGUUGAUUAUAUUGAUAAAAAGAGUUUUCUUGGGCUUAUGCAUCUUCACUCUCGCUUCUGCUAGUGUUGUGGGUGCCGCCAUUGUAGGAGCUAUGGAAGGUCACACCACAGAUAUUGGGUUUAUUCGAGGGGGUGUGCUAGGAGUUGUAGCUGGAGUUAUCACCGCAGUCCAACUCUUUGGACUGAUGCUACAUGGUGAUCAGCCUUUGCCCAAGGUUAAUGCCUUAAUGAGGAGAAUAAUGAAUGGGAAAGCCAUCAUGGGAUUGGUUAGACCAGCUGUUCUCAAAGCAUAUCAAUGGCAAAUAAUGGGAAUGGACACAAGUUAUUUGGAGAUAUCAGACAUGUACCACUAUGACCAAGAACCGAAAGGGUUGUCGGUGAAUUCUAUCAAGAACAUCCCCACUUUUUACUUCAGUUGUUCAAGUGAUCAUCAAACAACUUCGAGUUGUUCGAUUUGCUUACAGGAUUGGGAAGAAGGACAAGCGGGAAGAAAGCUAGAGAGAUGUGGCCACACAUUUCAUAUGAAAUGCAUAGAUGAGUGGUUCCUUAGGCAAAUCAGUUGCCCCAUUUGUAGAGACCAUCUUUCAUAA